CACCAUCAAUCAGCCAUAUACCAGACAUCUGCCUGCUGCACGCCUUUUGCCUCAUUAGUUGUUACCUUGGAUAUUACCUUACUAAACAGGCUUUCAGCCAUCACCCAAGUAAUUAAUUAUCAAGGUUCCCGACUUCUGGUAGCUCCGAGCCUCCGUCGCCCGCGCACGGCAGCCAAAAUAGCCUUACAACUGCUAGCGGCCCGACUGCUGCACCGCUCCCAAUCCCCGGCCACCAUCACUCUUCUAUUCGUUGUCACUCUCUCCCUCCCACACUGACUGUACAUCUCCACCACACCCUCAGCUCUCGCCCCGUCCUGGAGCAGACGCAGUCUCCCUCUUCCGUCUCCCGACUGUCACGCGUCAUUCCUGUCGCCGCCGGCAUAAAUGGCCCCUUAUGCCGACGACGACUACGAACACGCUGAUCACCAUCGUCCUAGACGACGCAAACAUCGCUCCUCUCACAGAGAAUCCUCACACAGCUACGAGAGAGAAAGAGAUAGGGAUAGUUUGAGAUACGAGCAGCCCGACCUGCCAGAGCUGAGAAGAGCUAGAGUGCAAUACUACGACCGCGAUUCGGAUCAGCACAGACGUCGACAUUCCAGAGACCUUGACGAAGUCGAGCGACGCAUGGCAUACGAGCGGUCAGUACGGAGGAAACCAAGCGUAAGGCGGAUCAAGGUGGUGAGGGAAGAUGACAUGGACGGACGCCGCCGUCGUUCCAGCAGGAGAGCAGACGAUGAAUCUAGAAGCGGUGAACAUGUCUACCGCUCCCGAGAGCGCUCCAGAGACAGGAGUGCUGAGGAACCUCGACGCAGGUAUACCGUGCGUCAUGUCCCGGCCGACAAGGACUUGAGACGCUCGAAGACUAGAAAGCUUGCUGAAGAAGUCGUCGUUGAAGAAGAGCUUGCUGCGAGGCCUGAGGUUGACGCAAGACCGCAUAGAGCUUCGUCGAUUCGCGAGUCGCCGAGGCCGUACAUGGCCACGAGGCCGGCAAGACGAAGCACAAGCACCAGGGUAAGGGAAACCGCUCCGGAGGAAGCCCGGAGUCCGCCACCCACUGUGAGUGCGAGUCCUAUGAAGACCAGGCGGCAUAGUACGGGGAUAUUGGGCCUGUUCAGACCAAUACCUGCGCCUACUCCUGUAGUGGAGAGGAGGGUUGAAUGCGUAGUUUGCUUGCAGGACAGCUCGUAUCCUUUGAAAGCUGCGAAGCUUUCCUGUGGCCAUGGCCAAUGCCACGAGUGCCUGCGAAGACAAUUCUCCCUCUCAGUCAAGGACCCACAACACAUGCCUCCACGAUGCUGUACUGACGAGCACAUACCCCUGAAAUAUGUGGACCGCCUAUUCAACGACAAGUUCAAGAUGCUGUGGAAUCAAAAAUAUGAGGAGUACACUACCAAGAACCGCGUCUACUGCCCUUACAGAGAUUGCGGACAAUGGAUCAAACCUUCUAAUAUCAAGAAAGACUCCACCACUGGACGCAUGUACGGAAAGUGUGGCAGAUGCAGGCAGAAAAUGUGCGUCAAGUGUAAUGGGAAAUUCCACACGAAGCGCAACUGCCCGAAAGAUGAAGAGACCAAACGUGUCAUCGAGAUGGCAAAGGAGAAAGGCUGGCAGCGAUGCUACAACUGCAAGACUAUGGUCGAGCUCAAAGAGGGCUGCUACCAUAUGACCUGCCGCUGCACCGCCCAAUUCUGCAUGCUCUGCGCCGCGAAAUGGAAGACUUGCACCUGCCCGUGGUUCGAGCACCCCGACCUCGAACCAGCCGAACGCCUCCUGAACAUGCAAGUUCCCCAUGUCUACCAUGUCCCCAUCGACACAUACCGCCGCCCGCCAUCCCCCCCGACAUCGCAAGCCCAACCCCUCCGCCGCUCAAACACCACUACCUAUACGUCCCUUCCACGCCGCUCAAACUCACUGCGCCAGCCCGUGGCACCAACAAAUCCAAUCGACCACGUCACCCGCUUCUUCCAGGCCACGCUCAACAUGGGCAAUCCCACCCCACCGAGCAGCCACGAACGCAACAGAGACGUCGACGUCCAGGUCUACGGCGUAGGCAACGCGGGCGGGCACCAUCUGAACGAGAGCUACGCCAUACGACCCACACAUCGCCAUUCCGUCUCCGCAUCGGCUGCUUCGCGGCCCCGACCCGCCGCACCAUCUGCCGUGGCGGCGCAGAGGGCUUGGAGAUUCAACAUAGCGCCUAGGAGGGAACGUGAGAGGAGAGAAGCCCCGCCGGCGAGGGACGUGGCGGCGAGUAUAAUGGCGGGUCUGAGUAAAGGUGGGGGCCGAACUGGGAGUAAUAGGGUUGAUACGUGGAGGUUGCAUGUUCGGCAUGAUCCGGAUGCCGUUGCUGUUGCGGAUCGGUUUCCUGAUGAGGUGUGGAGUGAGGUGGAUAGUGAUUUGGGGUAUGAGAGUUGAUGAAGUUUUGGAGAGAAGGGUUGGGGGAGAGGUGGGUAUAUUUCGAAUCAGUCAGUUAUGAUGAGCAUGAUGAGAGCAUAAUGAGCGCGGCAUCUGUGAACUUUGGCGGGAACAUCUUUUUGGAUUUGCACAGCGUGGUGUUUUUUUAUUUUUUUUAUUUCCUUUCGGGGAUUUGUUUGGGUUAGGAAUCUUCUGUGGCAGUUGGGUACCGGGGUGUUUUUUUCUUUUCGGUAACCACGUUAUACCCAAACACAUCUUCAGACAAACUCGGUACUUUUUAUCUUUUCUAAUCUACAAUCUCGCUUCUUCCUCGCCUGUAGCAGUAGCAGUGUCGCCACCCUUCACAACACCUCAAUAACCUCAUCAUCCUCGUCAUCCUCCUCCCCCUCCCCUUUCUCCACGACGCCACCACUCUCCACAUCCUCCACCCUCUUACUAACCUCACCCUCCCCC